CUGAGUCCGAGUUCUGUCAUGGCGGCGCCCGGUACUCAAGCCGGUGCGAGGAAACGGGAUGCUUGGGUUUUUAUCUGCGCGACAAGUCGGUUUGGACGACCCUCUUCUCCUCCGGCGAGCGGAGUCUACACGGAGGGUUUUGGGAUUGGAGUUAAACAAAGACAGAGAUGUUGAAAGGAUCCAUGGCAGCGGAAUUAAUACUCUUGACAUUGAACCUGUUGAAGGGAGAUAUAUGUUAUCAGGUGGUUCAGAUGGUGUGAUUGUACUUUAUGACCUUGAAAACUCCAGCGGACAACCUUAUUACACAUGUAAAGCAGUGUGUUCCGUUGGCAGAAGCCAUCCUGAUGUUCACAAAUACAGUGUGGAGACUGUGCAGUGGUAUCCUCAUGACACUGGCAUGUUCACAUCGAGCUCCUUUGAUAAAACUCUCAAAAUAUGGGAUACAAAUACAUUACAAACUGCAGAUGUAUUUAAUUUUGAGGAAACAGUUUAUAGUCAUCAUAUGUCUCCAGUUGCCACCAAGCACUGUUUGGUAGCAGUUGGUACUAGAGGGCCCAAAGUACAACUUUGUGACUUGAAGUCUGGAUCCUGUUCCCACAUUCUACAGGGUCACAGACAAGAAAUACUGGCAGUUUCCUGGUCACCACGUUAUGAAUAUAUCUUGGCAACUGCAAGUGCUGACAGUAGAGUAAAAUUAUGGGAUGUGAGGAGAGCAUCAGGAUGUUUGAUUACUCUUGAUCAGCAUAAUGGGAAAAAGUCACAAGCUGUUGAAUCAGCAAACACUGCUCAUAAUGGGAAAGUUAACGGCUUAUGUUUCACAAGUGAUGGGCUUCAUCUCCUCACUGUUGGUACAGAUAAUCGAAUGAGGCUCUGGAAUAGUUCCAGUGGAGAAAACACACUAGUGAACUAUGGGAAAGUUUGUAAUGAUAGUAGAAAAGGAUUGAAAUUCACCGUCUCCUGUGGCUGUAGUUCAGAAUUUGUUUUUGUACCAUAUGGUAGCACCAUUGCUAUUUAUACAGUUUACUCUGGAGAACAGAUAACUAUGCUUAAGGGACAUUAUAAAAGUGUUGACUGCUGUGUAUUUCAGUCUCAUUUCCAGGUAAGAAUGAUACUACACAGUUUCUUUCAAAAUAAUCCAAUUGCUAUUCAUCUGAUGUAUUUCAAAACUAAACCUUAUUGUGAACCUAAAACUAUGAGAGUAGAAAAUAUAAUCUUCUUCUUUUUUCAGACUACAACUAAAUCACAAUUAAAUCCAGCAUUUGAAGAUGCGUGGAGCAGCAGUGAUGAAGAAGGAUAAAUAUCAAUACUCAGUACUUUGUGUGUCUGUUGGUGAAUAUUUUCAAAUGAGGACUGUUUUUUAUUUUUAACUAUCCAAUCUAUUUUUGACAGCUAAAUUAGCCCUGAAUUUGAGUGAUUUAUUCCUGUGUUUUAGAAGAGGUCGUAUUUGCACGAAAUCCUAAAACAAACUUCUGUAUAGUCUGUUUAAUCCAGGGCUUCAAACUGGUUCAUCCCGGUUCAAAUCCCUGCUGAAAAUUUGUGUUUCCACCCACAGAUAUACUGAAUCAGAAUCUACAUUUUAACAAGAUCCCCAGGUGUAUAAUAAAUUUUGAGUUCCUUCUGAACUGUUCAACUAGUGGUUGUCAGAAUUGGUUUCUAAGCAGCAUUAGCAUUGCCUGGGAACUUGUUAGAAAUGCUACUUCUCAGCACGAGUUCAAACUGGAAUGAACUGGUUUGAAGCCCUGGUUUAAUCAAAAUGUGUCUCCUUGAUCCCAGUUGCUGUGGCGUGGGGCAGCCACUAUUGCUAAAGUAUAAGACAAGUCAUUGUGCCCAUGUGGGACCUUGAGCAGAUUGUAUGAACCAUUUAAGAUGCAGUGUCAGGAUCAGCAGGUGGAGGUUAUCAACAUGGACUUUCUUCUGCUGGCUAUAUCAUCACCUGCUCAUUUUCACCUUUGAGGACGAUUCUAGCAAGAAUGAUUACAUCAGAAAUAAUAGUUGAAAAGGUAGCAUCAAAAUUAUUUUAUCCUUUCUUAUCCAUAUAUUCACUUUUUGCAGUGAUUCAUUUAGUCACCAUUUAGCUUUAUGUUAGAUUUUUAAUUGACCAUC